AUGGUCAAGAUCCUGGACAACUUACGCGACGUGCCAUAUGCCGACUACGCCCCGGAGCAACCACAACCACUCAAGUUAUCCGAGAAAGUCUCGACACCAAAUUCAAAGGCAAAGUUGAAGCAGAAAUCGAAGGACGGGACGGCUGUCAGUGGUGAAGAGGGCAAAAUCAAGUCUCGAAGGAAACCGCUCUUAGCCACGUACGAGCCGGACAAGCGACUGGACUCGUGGCUCAAGGUCAAGAAAGACUACAACUCAAGGUUCGAUACCCUGGACUUGAUCCCUAUAGCCGGCUGGCAUGGACAAGGCCGCAAGGCGAAGUGGUGGUCACCGAUCUUGCUGGCGGUGCGCAACGAGGAGACGGGAAUGUUCGAGGCGGUGUGCAAAUGCAUAUCUGGCUUCACCGACGCGUUUUACAAGGCGAAUAAGCAGUUUUACGACAAUGGCGACGAGAGCGGCGAGCCGAAAAACGUUCGGUUUCAAAAGCCGAGUUACAUAGAAUACAACGGUCCAGGCCCGGAUGUGUGGUUUGAGCCGCAAGAAGUCUGGGAGAUGGCGUUUGCAGACAUUACUCUGAGCCCGACUUAUACGGCGGCGAUUGGCCUGGUGAGCGACGAGAGAGGACUGAGCCUGCGGUUUCCACGAUUUUUGAAGAAGCGAGAGGACAAGGGCAUUGAGGAGGCCAGCACCAACGAGUUUCUAGCCGGGCUUUGGAGGAAGCAGGAGGCAAAGGCCGUGACCGAGAGAGAUUCAAAGGCAGCUGGUGAGGAAGAGGCUGGGGAGGUGUGA